AUGGCAUCAAGGCAGCACGUGCUCUGCACAUUCUUCGCACUCCUAACGGUCACGGUGGCGGGUAACGAGAACAAAAGUGAAUUUAAAAAGUCGUUUUCGAAAAACUGUGACGUCGCAUACACUUUAACUUGCUUAAAAUUGGAUAUCGUGUCUUGGGUGGAGAAGCUUAACGAAGAGGAUAAUUACAGUUUGAUCCCAGGUGUGUCUUUGGUGCGCGAAAAUUCCAAUGGGGCGAGAUCGAGUACUGCUGACAUAGUCGCGGACUUGGCAAGGGACUUUCCCAACGAUCCUGAGGCCAGACUGGACGUUUUCCUUAUGCGAAAACUCACCGGAUUCAUCAGCAAUCAUUCGAUUAAGUUGAAACUUUGGAAUGACGAGGGUGUUUCGGCCAGAAAAGGAGGUGGUGGACUUGGGGGAGGCAAAGGAGGUGGACUGGGAUACCUUCUGGCAGCAGGAGCUAUGAUGAAAGGUACACUGAUGGCUUUGGCUCUAGGUGGAUUAGCUGCCAUCGCAGGUAAAGCCCUUAUGGCUGCCUUGAUGUCCUUGAUGUUAUCCGCCCUGGCCGGUUUAAAGGGAAUGGGCGGGGGAGGGAAAACCACGUACGAGGUUGUCGCCAAACCGGUUUAUACCUCCUCACACUCCCAUUCGACCUCGCAUGAAGAUUACGGACACGGAGGGCAUUCGGGUUAUGGACGAAGUUUCUCGGAUCAGCCGUUGCCUUUGGGAUUACAACCGCAGUACCAGCCUUAGGAUUAGUAGCAGUUUUAUUUAUUGUUAUU